AGAGCCUGUCUUGGGUGCACCGGGAGCGGAAGCCAGAGCCAGGGCCGCUGCUUCCCAGGGCUGAAUUCACACAGGAAAUCUGAGACACACAACAUCUUAUAGUCUGGCUUGCCAUCCCUGGUCAUGCGGUGGGCCCAAAAUAAACUCCCUGCUUCAAAGGCGAGUGUUUGUGAGCUGCCUGGCAGUGUGACUGGGACCCAGAGAAGGCUGGGGCCUGGGCUGCACGGAGACACUCCUUCCAUCCCCCCUGAGGCGUGCCCUGGUCACAGAGCCCACCAGGCCACUCUGUGUUUCUGCCUCCUGCCCCCAUGCUGAGCAGCUCUCUUGAAGCCCGGGGUGACAGAUACAGAGAUGGCUACAGAGAUCAGCGCCCCGGGCAGACAGCGUGCCAUCGGGCAUGAGGAGUACAGCCUGUACAGCAGCCUCAGUGAGGACGAGCUGCUGCAGAUGGCCAUUGAGCAGAGCCUGGCUGACAAGACUCGAGGCCCCGCCACGGCCGAGGCCACCGUGGCUGCUCGAGCCAACCGCCCACCCGCCCAUUUCCACCCAUGGACCAGGUCCUCCACGCCUGAGAGCCCCCCGGCCUCGGCCCCCUUGGGCUUGUUCCACGGGGUCAUGCAGAAGUACAACAGCAGCUUAUGCAAGGCCUCCCAGCCCACGGACCCGGUGCUCAAGGCCAUCAAGGAGGGUGACGAGGAGGCCCUGAGUGCCAUGAUCAAGGCUGGCAAGAACCUGGCUGAGCCCAACAAGGAGGGCUGGCUGCCGCUGCACGAGGCCACCUACUAUGGCCAGGUGGGCUGCCUGAGGGUCCUGCUUCGAGCAUAUCCUACAACGGUGGACCAGCGCACCCUGCAGGAGGAGACAGCGCUGUUCCUGGCCACCUGCAGGGGACACCUGGACUGCCUCCUGUCGCUGCUGCAGGCUGGGGCUGAGCCGGACAUCUCCAACAAGUCCCGAGAGACACCGCUCUAUAAAGCCUGUGAGCGCAAGAACGUGGAGGCGGUGAGGACCCUGGUGCGCUACAACGCAGACACCAACCACCGCUGCAACCGUGGCUGGACGGCACUGCACGAGUCCGUCUCCCGCAAUGACCUGGAGGUCAUGGAGAUCCUGGUGACGGGAGGCGCCAAAGUGGAAUCCAAGAACGCCUAUGGCAUCACCCCUCUGUUUGUGGCUGCUCAGAGUGGCCAGCUGGAGGCCCUGAGGUUCCUGGCCAAGCACGGCUCUGACAUCAACACGCAGGCCAGCGACAGCGCAUCUGCCCUCUACGAAGCCUGCAAGAACGAGCAUGAGGAGGUGGUCGAGUUCCUGCUGUCCCAGGGUGCAGACGCCAACAAGGUCAACAAGGACGGCUUGCUGCCGCUGCACGUGGCUGCCAAGAAAGGCAAUGACAGGAUCGUGCAGAUGCUGCUGCCCGUGACCAGCCGCACGCGCGUGCGCCGGAGCGGCAUCAGCCCGUUGCACCUGGCGGCCGAGCGCAAUAACGACACGGUGCUCGAGACGCUGCUGAGCGCGGGCUUUGACGUGAACGCACAGCUGGCGCCUGAGCGCUCGCGCCUCUACGAGGACCGGCGCAGCUCCGCGCUCUACUUCACCGUGGUCAACAACAACGUGUAUGCCACCGAGCUGCUGCUGCUGGCCGGCGCCGACCCCAACCGCGACGUGCUCAGCCCGCUGCUCGUGGCCAUCCGCCACGGCUGCUUGCGCACCAUGCAGCUGCUGCUGGACCACGGUGCCAACAUCGACGCCUACAUCGCCACGCACCCCACUGCCUUCCCCGCCACCAUCAUGUUCGCCAUGAAGUGCCUGUCCUUGCUCAAGUUCCUCAUGGACCUCGGUUGCGACGGCGAGCCCUGCUUCUCGUGCCUCUACGGCAAUGGCCCGCACCCGCCGGCUCCCACGCGCACCAACCGCUUCAAUGAUGAGCCCGCCUCAGACAAGGCACCCAGUGUGGUGCAGUUCUGUGAGAUCCUCUCGGCCCCGGAGGUGAGCCGCUGGGCGGGGCCCAUCAUCGACGUGCUGCUGGACUACGUGGGCAACGUGCAGCUCUGUGCCCGCCUGAAGGAGCACAUCGAGAGCUUCGAGGACUGGGCAGUCAUCAAGGAGAAGGCAGAGCCCCCGAGGCCCCUGGCUCACCUGUGCCGGCUGCGGGUACGAAAGGCCAUCGGGAAAUACCGGAUAAAACUCCUGGACACGCUGCCACUGCCUGGCCGGCUGAUCAGAUACCUCAAGUACGAGGACACCCAGUGAUCGGGCUAUGGGGGUCUUGGAGUGGCACCGGUUUGUCUUUGCUACGUCUUGGGAUGCCAGUGUCCCCGAGCCCAAGAGGGCUUGGGGACAGUUGAGGCUGCAGGCCCAGCGGCGUGUCCUGCUCUUGAAGGGUCUCUGGGCACGAGCAGAGGACGAAUCCAGUGGCAGAACAUUUGUUCCUGACCCAGUGAGAUCCCAGACCUCUGCCGUGGGCACUGGCGGAGACUUCUGGUCCUGGGGCAGGUCCUCUGGCCCCCCAACUUGGCUGUAGAACGGUUAAGGGCGAGCCUACCUUCCUGGGACAAGCCUCUCUGGGGGCUCUUCCCCCCUCCUUGGUGACGCCCUUCACCUGACUCUUUAGGGUUCUCCUGCAGACAGACCCUGCCCUCCCAACCUCACCCCUUCCCCCAGCCCCACAGCCUGUGGCCCUCAGGGAGUGGGGGCGGGCCAGGGGUGGGAGGCAAAGAUGAGUUACCUUUGCUUGAAUGAACCCUUCACCCAACAGGAGAGCACGAGGGCGGGGGUGGGGGUGGGGGUGUUUCUCACUGGACUCCAUUGUCAUGGAAACAGAAGCUUACUGGCCGGAGGAGUCUGGGGCCCACCAGUCUCCCCCAGGGACAGCCCUGCACACCCGUGUUCCUGGCACUCUGUCUUCCUCUUCUGCUCCCUCCUGUUUUGCUACAGAUGUGAGACAUGGGGCUGGAGGUGGGGCCACAAUAAAAACCUUGCACAUGUU